AUGUUCACUUCAACAUAUGCCCUGGCGGCACUCUUUACUUUCACCGCAGCUCAAUCAGUGACCUACCAGGCUGAGGACGCAGUACUUUCUGGAACAACCGUAGCUACCUCAGUAGCAGGCUACACAGGCUCCGGAUAUGUAGACGGUUUCUCCGACGCAACCGACAAGGUCACGUUUCAAAUCCCCUCCAAUACUACCGGCCUGUAUGAUCUCAGUCUCGUCUACAACGGUCCCAACGGCGACAAGCAAACCUACAUUGUACUCAACGGCGGUUCCGGAUCGCAAGUCAGUCUACCAGCUACCACAAAAUGGACGACCGUAUCAGCGGGACAAGUAUUAUUUGAAGAGAAUGCCAACAAUACGAUCGAGAUUCAGAGUAACUGGGGUUACUAUCUGAUUGAUGCCAUCACGCUCUCUCCAUCUGCAGAGCGAGGCCCACACAACAUAACAGCCGUUCCGGUCAACGCAAAUGCAAACGCCGACGCAAAAGCUCUGAUGAGCUACCUAGGUGGUAUCUACGGCAAGAACAUCCUCUCGGGCCAGUACGACCAAGCCUCUCUAGAAUGGGUGACAGCCAACGUCGGCAAGACUCCCGCCAUCCUCGGCGUAGAUAUGAUGGACUACACCGAAGGUCGCAUCGCCAAGGGUGCCUCCUCCAACGAUACCACCAGUGCUCUUGCAUUCGCAGAGAAAGGUGGCAUGGUAACCGUUGUCUGGCACUGGAACGCUCCAGCUGGCCUCUACGAUACUGAGGCUCAACCCUGGUACCGUGGCUUCUACACCGAAGCUACCGACUUCAACAUUGCGGACGCACUCGUCGACACUACCAACGCAAACUACACUGCGCUUAUCAAGGACAUUGAUACCAUCGCAGUUCAACUGAAGAAGCUCCAGGAUGCCGGCGUACCCGUCCUCUGGCGCCCGCUGCACGAGGCUGAAGGCAAGUGGUUCUGGUGGGGUGCCCAAGGUCCCGAAGCAUGCAAGAAACUCUACCACAUCCUCUACGAGCGUCUCACUGUUCAACACUCUCUCAACAACUUGGUCUGGGUGUGGAACUCAGUGGAUCCGGCAUGGUACCCCGGAUCCGAUGUUGUGGAUAUCGUCUCUGCGGAUACAUACGCCAAGGGUGACCAUGGUCCGAUUUCUGCCACAUACAACGAUCUUAUCAAGCUUACGGACGAUACCAAGAUGAUUGCUGCGGCGGAAAUUGGCAGUCUGAUGGAACCGGAACAGUUGAAGGCCUAUCAGGCUGACUGGGUCUUCUUUGCUGUAUGGAGUGGCGAGUAUGUUACUGGCGGCGAAUGGAACAGCUUGGAUAUGAUGAAGAGAAUUUACAGCGACGAGUACGUCUUGACGCUGGAUGAGAUUCAAGGCUGGAAGAAUGGGAAUACAACAGCUUGA